AAACAACUCCUCCGCGGUAAAACAAUUAACGCCACCAAUACUGCCAACACAUUUGCUCCAGCCGCUGGUGUCGUGAAAGAAGCCUACCCCGCUUCCGCCGCGAACUUCUACGCCGAGGGAGAUCCACAAGUAUCACAACGGAAUCGAAAUCUGCCAUCGCCGGAAGACUUCCGAACCGACAUUUCGCUCCAGAUCGGCGUCGCCGGAGGCCGCUGAGGCAAAAAGGGGGUUUGGGGCCACAUACUCCAAAUUGAGUGGCCAAGUUGGAAUUUUGAUGACUUUAUUGUUCAUGUAGCUGGACUCUGAUGAUAUACAAAUUAGAUCAGAAAGCAUUUGUACUUUUCCACUGUCAACUAUAAUAUUUUAUGAAUGGAAGAAGAGGAUCCUAAAGAGCAUGCUAAAAGCCCUGAUGAAGGGAUUGGAUCACAUGGAGAAGGCCAUGAAGGAGGAGGAGUUGAGCCUGAAGUCACAGUGUUCGAUCACGUGACUGAGCAUGCUUCACUGCAAGAUCAACAUAAAAGUUUGCCUGAAUCAAAUGAUGAUGUUAACGUUCCCCCUGGGCUUAGUUCUCAUGCAGUUCUUGAGAUACCUCAUGACCAUAUUUCAUGUCCUGAGCCUAAUAUGUCAUCUAUUUCCAUUGAUGAUGCAAGACAAUCAUACACUUUGGAUAGCAUUGGUUCGUAUGAGGAUACUGAAUAUGUCCCUGCUGACUCACCACAAAGGCCCAAACUGAAACAGGUUACUUCAAAUGUCUCUCCAGAGCUCUUGCAUUUAGUAGAUUCUGCUAUAAUGGGAAAGCCUGAAAGCUUGGAUGAACUGAAGAGCAUUGUGAGUGGUGCCCAGACUUUUGGAAAUGGGGAGGACGUUGACACUAUUGCCUUCUUGGUAGUUGAUUCACUUCUUGGUACAAUGGGUGGUGUUGAGUCUUUUGAGGAGGAUGGAGAUAAUAAUCCACCAAGUGUGAUGUUGAACUCUAGAGCUGCAAUUGUGGCUGGUGAGCUCAUUCCUUGGUUGUCUCCUAUAGGGGAUAUUGCAGGUCUUAUGUCUCCUAGAACCCGGAUGGUUAGAGGGUUGCUUGCUAUUUUGCGUGCUUGCACCCGAAACCGAGCAAUGUGCUCCACAGCUGGUUUAUUAAGUGUCUUGCUGCAGUCAGCCAAGAAGCUUUUUCUUAUGGAUGACACUAAAAACAAUCAAACAAAAUGGGACGGAACCCCUUUGUGUUAUUGCAUUCAGCACUUAGCUGGACAUUCUCUUACAGCAAGGGACCUGCAUAGAUGGUUUGAAGUGAUCUCAAGUACUGUUACUACUAAAUGGGCCUCACACUUGAUGCUUUCUUUGGAGAAGGCCAUAGAUGGAAAAGAGUCGAAGGGUCCAUCUUGUACCUUUGAAUUUGAUGGGGAAAGUUCUGGCUUACUUGGUCCUGGGGAGAGUCGCUGGCCUUUCACAAAUGGCUAUGCAUUUGCAACAUGGAUCUACAUAGAAUCGUUUGCUGACACGUUGAACACUGCUACUGUUGCUGCUGCAAUUGCUGCAGCCGCCGCUGCUACAUCAGGGAAAUCUUCUGCUAUGUCCGCUGCCGCUGCUGCAAGUGCAUUAGCUGGUGAAGGCACAGCCCACAUGCCAAGAUUAUUCAGCUUCUUAUCUGCUGAUAAUCAAGGGAUGGAAGCAUACUUCCAUGCACAGUUCUUGGUGGUUGAAUGUGGUAGUGGGAAAGGAAAGAAAGCUUCUUUACACUUCACUCAUGCAUUUAAGCCACAGUGCUGGUAUUUCGUUGGCCUUGAGCACUCAUAUAGGCAAGGGCUUCUUGGAAAAGCUGAGAGUGAGUUAAGGUUAUAUAUAGAUGGUUCCUUGUAUGAAAGCCGCCCAUUUGAAUUUCCAGGAAUCUCUAGACCGCUUUCAUUUUGUUGCAUUGGUACUAAUCCUCCUCCAACCAUGGCUGGGUUACAAAGGCGGCGGCGCCAGUGCCCUCUAUUUGCAGAAAUGGGUCCUAUAUAUAUUUUCAAAGAACCAAUUGGACCAGAUAGGAUGGCACGUUUGUGUGCGAGAGGUGGGGAUGUGCUUCCUUCUUUUGGUCAUGCAUUUGCAUCAACUUGGCUAGCAACAAAUGACUAUGUACGAAGAGUUUCCGAAGAAAGUGCUCUUUUAGAUGCAGAAAUUGGCGGUAGCCUUCAUCUCCUUUAUCAUCCUAGCUUGCUUAGUGGGCGAUAUUGCCCAGAUGCUUCUCCAAAUGGCGUAACAGGCCUACAUCGAAGGCUUGCAGAAGUUCUUGGACAAGUUCAUGUUGCUACAAGGAUGCGUCCUGCUGAAUCCAUAUGGGCUUUGGCUUAUGGAGGCCCGAUGUCAUUGCUUCCUCUGGCAAUAAGCAAUAUGCAUGAGAGUACCUUGGAACCUCAACAAGGCGAGCUUUCUUUAUCGUUGGCAACCGCUGCUCUGGCUGCUCCUAUUUUUAGAAUUAUCUCUAUGGCCAUUCAGUAUCCUGGGAAUAAUGAGGAAUUAAGUCGCAGAAGUGGGCCGGAAAUAUUGUCAAAAAUUUUGACCUACCUUUUGCAAACUUUAUCUUCACUUGAUGUUGGGAAGUGUGACGGAGUUGUAGAUGAGGAACUUGUUGCAGCUGUUGUCUCUUUAUGUCAAUCACAGAAGCAUUAUCACACACUCAAGGCACAACUUUUUAGUACAUUGCUACUGGAUCUGAAGAUAUGGAGCUUAUGCAGCUAUGGCUUACAGAAAAAGCUGCUAUCCUCCCUUGCAGACAUGGUCUUCACGGAGUCAUCUGUUAUGCGUGACUCUAAUGCUAUUCAGAUGCUUCUUGAUGGCUGCAGGAAAUGCUAUUGGACUAUUCGUGAAAGUGACUCUGUAAAUACAUUCUCCAUAUAUGGGGAAACACGCCCUGGUGGUGAAAUCAAUGCUUUAGUUGAUGAACUCUUGGUUAUUAUUGAACUUCUAGUUGUGGCUGCUCCACCAUCAUUAGCCACAGAUGAUAUAAAUUGCUUGCUUGGUUUCUUGGUUGACUGUCCUCAGCCAAACCAGGUUGCGCGCGUCUUGCAUCUCAUUUACAGGCUAGUGGUACAACCAAAUUCAUCGCGAGCUCAAACCUUUGCUGAAGCAUUCCUGUCUUGUGGUGGCAUAGAUACACUCCUUGUCCUAUUGCAGCGAGAAGCAAAAGCAGGAGAGAACGAUGAUCUAGAUUACCACUCAGAUCAGAAUGAUAAUCUUGUCUCAACCCAGGGAACAGAACUAGACAGUGAAAGUCGGGGGUCGGAAGGUACUCGAGCUGAUGAAAUUGGUGGUGCAAUGGAAAGUGAAAAAAGUUUACUUGAAAGAACAUAUGAACACACAUCUAUUAGCAGUGCAGGUGCUUCUGCUAGGCCUGGCAUCAGAAAGACACAUUCAUUAUCUGAUAAUGCUUUUGUGAAGAAUUUGGGUGGAAUAAGUUAUUCAAUAAGUGCAGAAAAUGCACGGAAUAAUGUUUACAACAUUGAUAGAAGAGAUGGUAUCGUUUUAGGGAUUAUCAACCUCUUAGGCACUUUAGUGUCGUCAGGAUAUCUUAAAUUUGGUAUGCAUGAGCAUACAGAUGUAACAAAUAACUCACCAGGUUUGUUCGAGGGAGGCGGCACUAUGUUUGACGAUAAGGUUUCUCUUUUACUUUUUGCUUUACAAAAAACUUUCCAAGCAGCACCAAACAGGCUUCUGAGCGGAAGAGUAUACAGAGCUUUAUUGGGUGCCUCGAUGAAUGCUUCAUCAACUGAUGAGGGAUCAAACUUUUAUGACUCUGGACAUCGCUUUGAGCAUGUACAACUUUUGUUGGUUCUCUUACGCUCACUUCCAUAUGCCGCAAAGGCAUUGCAAUGCCGAGCACUGCAGGAUCUUUUGAUUUUGGCUUGCAGUCAUCCUGAAAAUAGAAACACACUGAUUAAGAUGGGGGAAUGGCCUGAAUGGAUUUUGGAGAUUUUUAUAUCAAACUAUGAGACCGGGGCAGGUAGAAGUGCUGAUUCAUCUAGCUUGAGGGAUGUAGAUGAUGCCAUACACAAUUUUUUGAUAAUCAACUUAGAGCACUCAAUGCGCCAGAAGGAUGGAUGGCAGGAUAUUGAAGCUACAGUUCAUUGUGCUGAAUGGCUUUCUAUGGUGGGCAGUUCUAGCACUGGUGAUCAAAGAAUCAGGCGAGAAGAAUCAUUACCGAUUUUCAAAAGAAGGCUGCUGGGUGGCUUGCUGGAUUUUGCUGCGAGGGAAUUGCAGGUUCAGAGUCAAGCAAUUGCUACAGCAGCUGCUGGUGUAGCGGCAGAAGGGCUGUCACCCAGGGGUGCAAAAAUAGGAGCUGAAAAUGCUGCUCAACUUUCAGUUAUCUUGGUUGAGAAUGCAAUUGUGAUUUUGAUGCUUGUUGAAGAUCAUUUAAGGCUGCAAAGCAAAAUUUACAGUGCUUCACGUUUUCCUGCUGUUUCUGUUUCUCCCCUUUCAAUUGUUAUGCCUGUUGGUGAUCAAUCUACAAGAGCAUCGGGUAGUGACAUCGGUGGGCUCUCAAUUGAUGUUCUUGCUUCAAUGGCUGAUGCAAAUGGCCAAAUUUCUGCAUCCAUGAUGGAAAGACUUACUGCAGCAGCUGCUUCUGAACCUUAUCAAUCAGUUUCUUGUGCAUUUGUAUCAUAUGGAAGUUGUGCUGUAGAUUUGGCCGAGGGAUGGAAAUACAGGAGUCGCUUAUGGUAUGGAGUGGGUUUACCCUCAAAUGCCCCACACUUUGGUGGAGGUGGCAGUGGUUGGGAUGCUUGGAAUUCUGCAUUGGAAAAGGACUCAAAUGGAUCUUGGGUUGAACUCCAAUUAAUUAAAAAGUCUGUUGUGAUGCUUGAAACUCUGUUAUUAAAUGAGUCCAGAAUAGGUGGUGGUCUUGGUAUUGGAGGAGGAUCAGGUACUGGAAUGGGAGGCAUGACAGCAUUAUACCACAUGUUAGACAGUGAUCAACCAUUUUUAUGUAUGUUGCGAAUGGUACUUGUUUCAUUGAGGGAAGAAGAUGAUGGUAGUGAUAAUAUGCCUAGGAGUGGCAUGGGUUCAGAAUCUUCAUCAGAGGCAGUAGGUGGACAGACUAUCAAUAUGGCAAUGCUAGACAGCAGUACAUGUAUUUCAUCAAAAAAACCGCGAUCUUCAUUGUUGUGGAGUGUUCUUUCUCCUGUUCUGAAUAUGCCAGUUUCUGAGUCCAAGAGGCAGAGAGUGUUGGUUGCGUCUUGUAUUCUGUACUCUGAGGUGUGGCAUGCUGUUGCUAGAGACCGAGUUCCUCUACGAAAACAAUAUCUUGAGGCUAUUUUGCCUCCAUUUGUUGCCAUUUUAAGGAGAUGGAGACCCCUUCUGGCUAGAAUUCAUGAACUUGCUACAUCAGAUGGUCUGAAUCCUCUUGCUGUUGAUGAUCGUGCACUGGCUGCAGAUGCCUUGCCAAUUGAGGCUGCUCUUGCAAUGGUGUCCCCGAGCUGGGCUGCUGCUUUCGCAUCACCACCUGCUGCUUUGGCUUUGGCAAUGAUGGCUGCUGGUGCUGGUGGAGGUGAAAUUACUCCCCCCACAACAACUCCACAACUGAGACGCGAUUCCUCUUUACUUGAGAGAAAACCAGCCAAACUGCAUACCUUCUCGAGCUUCCAAAAUUCUUUGGAAGCUCCUAAUAAAUCUGUGUCUGUUCCGAGGGACAAGGCUGCAGCAAAAGCAGCAGCGCUUGCUGUUGCACGAGAUCUUGAGCGCAAUGCAAAGAUUGGGUCAGGAAGAGGUCUCACUGCAGUGGCGAUGGCUACCUCUGCACAGCGACGAAGUCAGAGUGACAUGGAGCGUGUAAAGAGAUGGAAUGUUUCAGAAGCUAUGGGAGUUGCCUGGAUGGAAUGCUUGCAGGAAGGGGAUACAAAAUCAGUCUAUGGGAAAGACUUUAAUGCCUUAUCCUACAAAUUCAUUGCCGUCCUUGUUGGAAGUUUAGCUUUAGCAAGAAAUAUGCAACGAUCCGAAGUUGAGAGGCGCAGACAAGUUGAUGUAAUAGCACAACAUCGCUUGUACCGUGGAAAAUGUGAAUGGCGAAAGCUUGUCCACAGCUUGAUAGAGACCAAUUGCCUGUUUGCUCCAUCUGGUCUUCAUCUAUACAGCACUCAACAUGUUUACUGGAAGCUGGAUAAUAUGGAAACCUCUUCAAGAAUGAGAAGAUUCUUAAGAAGAAACUACCGAGGCUCGGAUCAUUAUGGAGCUGCGGCAGAUUUUGAUGAUCAGGAUCCUAGGUUAGGGAAAGUUAAUGCUAUCACUCCUUCUAAAGCUUCCCUUUUAGUGGCAGAAGCUAUCUCGAUGGAGGAUGUGCUUGAGGAUGACGAGCAGGAGACCUCAAAUCCAGAGUGUAUAGUAGAUGACACUCAACACCAUGGAGAUACUAAGAAGAGACCAUCUGGAACUGCUGACCAGUCUCUGCAGACAUCUAAAGAAUCUGAGAAUAUACUGCUUGCAGCAGAUCCAGACCCACUGACAGUACAUAGCCCUACCGCAGUUGCUGUGGGGUAUGUUCCUAGUGAAGAUGAUGGAAGAAUUGUCCUUGAGCUUCCAUCAUCAAUGGUCAGGCCAUUGAAGGUUUUGAGAGGAAUGCUUCAAAUAACUACAAGAAGAAUCAAUUUUAUUAUUGAUAAUAAUGCUGAGAACAGUGAUGCUGUCAAUGGGCAUGACUGCGCACUGGAAAACAGGGUCCAAGAAAAGGAUCGAAGCUGGCCAAUCUCUUCCCUUCAUCACAUAUAUAGCAGAAGGUAUUUGUUGAGGAGAAGUGCAUUGGAAUUAUUUAUGGUGGACCGAUCAAAUUUCUUCUUUGAUCUUGGGAGUGCUGAGGCAAGAAGAAAUGCAUAUCGAGCAAUUGUACAAACUCGCCCUCCUCAUUUGAACAACAUUUACCUGGCAACUCAGAGACCUGAACAACUUUUGAAAAGAACUCAACUCAUGGAACGUUGGGCUAGGUGGGAGAUUAGCAACUUUGAAUAUCUAAUGCAACUAAACACACUGUCAGGGCGUAGUUAUAAUGACAUUACACAGUAUCCUGUUUUCCCUUGGAUUAUAUCUGAUUACAGUUCAAGCAGCUUGGAUCUUGACAAUCCUUCUUGUUACCGUGACCUCUCAAAGCCUGUUGGCGCGCUAAAUGCUGACAGACUGGAGAAGUUUAAGGAAAGGUACUCUAGUUUUGAUGAUCCAGUCAUACCGAAAUUCCACUAUGGUUCACACUAUUCCACCGCUGGAACAGUUAUGUAUUAUCUCGUUAGAUUGGAACCCUUUACUACUUUAUCAAUUCAGCUACAAGGUGGAAAAUUUGAUCACGCGGACAGAAUGUUUUCAGAUAUUGCUGCUACCUGGAAAGGAGUUCUUGAGGAAAUGAGUGAUGUGAAAGAGUUGGUUCCAGAGCUGUUUUAUCUUCCGGAGUCACUCACCAAUGCGAACUCUAUUGAUUUUGGCACAACACAAUUAGGAGAAAAGAUUGGCUCUGUUCGGCUUCCGCCUUGGGCUGAAAAUCCUGUUGAUUUCAUUCAUAAGCAUCGGAUGGCACUUGAGAGUGAGCAUGUCUCAGCACAUUUGCAUGAGUGGAUCGAUCUAAUUUUUGGGUAUAAACAACGAGGAAAAGAAGCUAUAUUGGCCAAUAAUGUUUUCUUUUAUAUUACUUAUGAAGGGACUGUGGACAUUGACAAAAUCUCAGAUCAAGUCCAACAACGGGCUACACAAGAUCAGAUUGCUUAUUUUGGACAAACACCAUCACAGUUGCUAACGGUUCCUCACAUUAAAAGGAUGCCGCUAAAAGAUGUUCUUCACCUACAGACUAUCUUCCGGAACCCCACUGAUGUUAAGCCGUAUACUGUUCCUUACCCUGAGCACUGCAACCUACCUGCUGCUGCAAUGUAUGCAUCUUCAGAUUCUCUUGUAAUUGUUGAUUCAUGUGCUCCAGCUGCACACAUAGCACAACAUAAAUGGCAGUCGAAUACACCUGAUGGCCAAGGCACCCCUUUUCUCUUUCAACACGGAAAACCUAUUGUCGGUUCUGCUGGUGGAACAUUGAUGCGCAUGUUUAAGGGGCCUAGUGGCUCUGGGUCAGAAGAGUGGCAUUUUCCACAAUCGAUCACAUUUCCAGCUUCUGGAAUCAAAAGCUCAGCAAUAGUAUCCAUAAUCAGUGAUAAGGAAAUUAUCACGGGUGGGCAUGUUGAUAACAGUAUCAGACUGAUAUCAGCAGAUACAGCAAAAACUUUGGAAAUAGCUAGAGGACACUGUGCUCCAGUGACAUGCCUGGCCACUUCUCCUGAUAGCAACUAUCUUGUUACGGGCUCUCGUGAUUCGGUAGUUCUACUAUGGAGAAUACAUAAUGUUUCAGCUUCCCACACAUCUAAUGUAUCAUCAGACUCCUCCACUUCCUCUAGCACACCAACUGGCAAUAUGACAGUAAGAAACUAUAUGGAGAGGAGGCAUCGGAUUGAGGGUCCCAUUCAUGUGCUAAGGGGCCACCUAGGAGAAAUAUCAUGUUGUUAUGCCAAUUCCGAUCUUGGAAUUGCUAUUUCGUGUUCCAACUCAUCAGACGUCUUGUUGCAUUCAAUCAGAAGGGGGAGACUAAUUAGGAAGCUAGUUGGUGUGGAAGCUCAUAUUGUUUGUCUAUCGUCUGAUGGAGUAAUAAUUGCGUGGAACAAAGAUUUUAAGACUCUUAGCACCUUCACUCUUAAUGGAAUUCUUAUCGCUAGGACGUAUUUCCCCGUCUCCUCAGAUGUUGGUUGCAUGGAUGUUUCUGCCGAUGGACAAAAGGCUAUAAUUGGGUUGAACCCAUCUUUGGAUUAUGACAAGUUCUCUGACAGUAACAGGAAUUUGAAGUCUACAAGAGGAGGGACUGAGGAUCAUGGUGAUAGCAAUGAUGAUGAACAUAGACUUGAUAUCUCCCUACCUUCGAUUUGCUUUCUAGAUAUAUAUAGUCUAAAGGUCUUUCACACUGUGAAACUUGGUGAGGGUCAAAAUAUUACAGCUUUGACACUGAACAAAGAUAACACAAAUCUUCUUGUAUCCACUGCUGAUAAGCAGUUGCUAAUCUUCACGGAUCCUGCUUUGAGCUUAAAGGUUGUGGAUCACAUGCUUAAGCUGGGGUGGGAAGGUGAUGGGCUCAGUCCACUUGUCAAAUGAGCUUCCCACGACAUUGAAACCCUUCCCUUAAAUCAGGCAAUUAUUGAAAAAAAAUAAUAGCAUUUCGGCAUUCAUGACAUCAUAUCUUAGAAGAACAAGAUCAGCCAUGUAUAUGCCUGGUGUGGAAGGAUUUGAUCUCAAGUUGUGUGCAUAGAAAUGACAUCAUUGUGGAACUUGCGAUAUGAUCCGGUUGGGGUAUGGCUGACAUGGUACGUGAUUAUGAGGUAUUAUUUCAUGCACCGAUUGAACCGGGCGGUUCGACCAGUUUGGUAACCGGUUCGGUAUAUAAAAAUCCCUAGCUAUAGCAUAUUAGCAAUGUGCAGGCUCUGUUUAGAAGUUUUUUUUGAGUGCAUCAAGCUGAAAAAUUUAUUGCCCAAAAGCUUGAUAUAUAAUGUCUUCUUCAAGUUGUGCACGUGUGUGUAUAUUUCUUCAAAUUUUGUUUAGGCAAUUGUAGAUUUGAUCCAAAAAAGAAGGUUUGGAGAAGUGCAUAAUGCGUAAUUCUUCACCAAAUUGCAUAUUACAUAUUGAGUAAUUUUUAAAUGAGUUUGCAAAUUACAUAUAGCAUAAACAAGUAGACCAGUUGUAAAUGAACCAAGGGUUUGUUC